GCCAGCACUGCUAUUCCAAUGAGCUAGAGUUUGCUCCCUGAAAUGCCCACACUGGCCCCCUUGCCUUUCUCUAGACCCACUUCCUAACCGUGAAAGAUGUGAUGGAGUUUUACUUGGAGAUCGACCCUGUCACCUUGAACUUGAUCAUCCUAGUAGCAAGCUACGUCAUCUUGCUCUUGGUAUUCCUCAUCUCCUGCGUGCUGUAUGACUGCCGAGGCAAGGACCCCAGUAAGGAGUACGCUCCUGAGACCACUCUUGAUGCCCAGCCCUCCAUCCACUUGGUGGUGAUGCAGCAGAGCACGUCAGGGGACCUCUGGGCAAGGAAGCCCAGCCUUCAUUUUGGGGAUCCUGUUCCAUUAGGGAAGAAAAGCACAAUGGUGUGAGGUCGGCCAAGGGCUACUGGGGACAGAGCACUAGACAUUCUGGACAAACUGUUCUCCACGUGGCUGCACUGGUCUUGCUGGGCUAUGUAAGUGGGAGUUCUGCCUUACCUUCUACGUUCUUGUCACCCUCUUUGUGGAUGAAGCAAACAUUUAAGAGACAGAGCGUGAACAGGGGAGGGGCAGAGAGAGAGAGACACAGAAUCUG